AUGCCUGCUGCCAAGGAAGAGACUGCCGCCGCGGCGCCAGCUGCAGCGGCUUCCAACGAGGUAGCCACCGCUGCCCAGUCAUCCGAGACUGCUGCCGAGCCCAAUGCCGACGAGGCCGAGGAGAACGCUGAGCAACCGGGCGAAGCUCUCUUCCCCGUGACCGUCGUCCUUCCCCAUGAACCACACAAGCUCAACAUGGUGGCUUCGCCGCAAGAGCAAGUUCACGAGCUGCGACAGUCGAUCAUCGAGCUGCCCGCCGCUUUCCAGUACUCGUGCUUCCAUCUCGAAUUCAACGGCGAGCGCAUCAACGACUUUGUUCAGAUCUCGGACGUGGAAGGUCUAGGAGCAGACGCGGAAAUCAAGCUGGUCGAGGAUCCCUACACGGAAAAGGAGGCGAGGAUCCACGUCAUUCGGAUUCGCGACUUGAUCGGUGCUGCUGGCGACAGAACCGAUACCCUGCACGGAGUCACCCCCGGCAUAUCGCUCUUCGAUACCGUCGCAGCCGAGGCCAAGGAAACCGACAAUGUGCAGGCUGGCAGCUACGAGUUUUCUGCCCCGGCCAACCCCAAGACCCUCCUGCCCAAGGAGGAGGAGCCCGCGCCCAAGACCGUCAAGUCCGUCGCCUUGUCGUCAUGGAACCCGCCUCCUUACCACCUGCGACAGAAGGGUCACCUGCUUUACCUCGUCAUCUCGACAAACGAAGGAGAGCAGUACCAGGUCACAGCUCACGUCGGAGGCUUUUACGUCAACAAGUCUUCCAACAGCAAAUUCGACCCUGCCCCCAAGGCUGCGCCCAAGGGCCAAUCGGCCCAUUCGCUCCUCACCUUGAUCGAGCAGAUCUCGCCCUCGUUCUCCGAGGCUUUCCAGCAGCUUAUCGAGUAUAGCAGCCGAAAGGAUCCCCUGGCGACUUUCCAGCUGACGAACGCGAUCCCUGCCGCCCCUUGGCUGGUGCCCAGCACAUCAUCGACCACAACUCAGCACAGCUCCGAUAUCACCCGUUCGCAAGAAGGAUACCUGAUUGCAGGCGUCGAUAACACCGACAGCCUCAGGGACUGGAACGAGGAGUUCCAGUCUGCACGCGAGCUGCCCAAGGAGACCGUCCAGGACCGAGUUUUCAGGGAGAGGUUUAUUUCCAAGCUUUUUGCGGAUUACACGGAUGCCGCAGCCAAGGGUGCCAUUCUGGUAGCCCGCAAUGAGGUCACUCCCUUAAACCCGACAGAAGGACGGGACGCGCAGAUCUUCGUUUACAACAAUAUUUUCUUCUCUUACGGCGCCGACGGCGUUGGCACGUUCACGACCGAGGGUGGAGACGAUGCCGCUCGGGUGGCCACUGGCAAGGACGUCAGCGGAGUGCGCCUUGUCAACCAGCUUGACAUUGACGGCUUGUACAGCCCCGCUACCGUAGUCGUCGAUUAUCUUGGCAAGCGAAUUGUUGGUCAGAGCAUUGUGCCCGGAAUCUUCAAGCAGCGAGAGCCUGGCGAGCAUUCCAUCGACUACGGCGCUGUUGAGGGCAAGGACAUCGUUGCGGCCGACGAGAGAUUCGUCGAGACCUUUGAGAAGCUUUCCAGGGCGCUUCGGGGCAAGAAGCACCCUGUCUGGGACAAGGACGGCAAGCGAUUUGAUCUCGAGGCGUCCGUUGAGACAAAGGGUCUCUUGGGAACUGAUGGACGAAAAUACGUUCUCGACCUUUACCGUGUUACCCCCCUCGAUAUUUCCUGGAUGGACGAAGUCGGUACCAGUGGCGACAAGGGUGAUUCCGACUACCCCCACCGGAUGACGGUCCUGCGACCAGAGCUCGUCGAGUCCCUGAGAACCCAUAAGUGGUCCGAGUGGGUCAACGCGGAAUUGGCAAAGCGUCAGAAGAAGAUUGCCGAGAGCAAGUCGGACUCGAAGGACGAGAAGUCGGAAUCGAAGGAUGAGAAAUCCGAGGACAAGAAGGAGGAAAGUGAGUCCAAGGAGGACGAAUCCAAGGAGGAUGAGGCGACUGAAGAGGAGACUACUCGCCUGGACACGUCUGGCUUCUCCUUUGCCCUCAACGCCGAUGCCUUCAGUGGCCAGGAACCGCAGACUGAUGCCGAAAAGGAGGCAUGGGCGAAGGACGAGCAGGAGGUGCGAGAUGCUUGCACUUAUCUGCGUGACUCAGUCAUUCCGGAGUUUGUCAACGACAUCAAGAACUCGGAACUGCCUUUCCCGAUCGACGGAACUUCGCUCACCCGCAUCAUGCACAAGCGUGGCAUCAACAUGCGCUACCUGACAAAGGUGAUUGCAGCCUGCGAGGGACCCAGACUGCAGCGCCUCCGGGAGCUGUGCCAACAAGAAAUCGUCGCAAGAGCAUUCAAGCACGUUGCCGGCAACUAUCUUCGGUAUCUCCCAAUGCCGUUGACAUCUGCCUGCAUUGCCCAUUUGCUCAACUGCUUCAUCGGCUUUGGUUUCAACCCCAAACCUACAGCCGAUAUCGAUGAGUCCCUGAAGGCGCUCUACCCCGAUGCUGACCUGGCUUUUGCGAAGAUUACCCCUGAAAGCCUGCGCCAGGAGAUCGAGGGAGAAGCUUCGCGUCGCUUCAAGUUCACAUUGGAGUCGGAGUGGCACACACAAUUGAAGUCUCUCCAAAUCCUCCGAGAGGUUUCCCUGAAGCUUGGUUUCCAGCUGCAAUACAAGGACUUCCAGUUCACUUCUGAGACGUCGAAGCCUGAAGCCGAGAAGCCCACAUCCAAUGGAGCUGCCACCAACGGCGUGAACGGGCAUGCACAGGGUGAGAGCAAGAAGAAGAAGAAGGCCAGAGACGGCUCCCCAGCUUCUACUGCUUCCUCCACCAGCACUCCUACCACCUUUGUGGCGGACGACAUUGUGAACAUUGUCCCCAUCGUCAAGGACUCUGCUCCGAGAAGUGUCAUCUCCGAGGAGGCUCUGGAGGGCGGCCGCCACUCUCUGAUGCAGAACAACAGGAAGAUUGGCCAGGAGCUGCUGCUGGAGUCAUUGACCCUGCACGAGCAAAUCUACGGCAUUCUCCACCCCGAAGUUGCGCGAGCCUAUGGUACCCUGGCCCAGAUCUACUACCAGCUGGAGGAGAAGGAGGCGGCUGUUGACCUGGCGCGCAAGGCGGCCAUCGUGUCGGAACGUACCCUUGGUGUUGACAACGCGGAGACGCUGCUGGCUUACCUGAACUUGAGUCUAUUCCUGCACGGCUCCGGAGACAGCAAGUCGGCGCUCGCAUACGUCAAGCACGCCCUGGACCUCUGGAAGGUUAUCUACGGACCUGACCACCCCGACUCCAUCACCACACUAAACAACGCCGCCGUCAUGCUACAGCACCUGCAGGCUUACCACGAGUCUCGCAUCUGGUUCGAGCAAGCUCUCGGCGUAUGCGAGCGUGUCAUGGGCAAGAACUCCCUGAGCUCAGCCAGCUUGCUCUUCCAGCUCGCGCAGGCCUUGGCCCUGGACAACGAGCCCAAGGCCGCUCUGACCAAGAUGCGCGACUGCUACACCAUCUUCAAGGAGACGCUGGGCCCGGAGAACAACAACACCAAGGAGGCCGAGACGUGGCUGGAGCAGCUCACGCAGAACGCGGUCGCCAUUGCCAAGCGUGACAAGGACCAGCAGGCUAAGCGCCUGCGCGCGGGCAUCCGGUUCCCUACCCGCAAUGCGGCGCUCGGAUCUGGAGCCGGCGGCAACGUCCAGGCGUCGCCGCUCCAGAAGCGGGGCAAGAAGCCUUCCAUCGACUCGCGCAGCAUCGAUGAGCUUAUCAAGUUCAUCGAAGGAGAUGAUUCGCAGAAGAAGAGCACCAAGAAGAAGCAGGCGGGCGGACCCAAGAUGAGGAGGGUCAGCGUUGCCAACAACUAG